AUGAGUAGUCUACCAAUACCUUCCGCUUGGUCAGAAAGAGGCUACGUUCCUCCGGAGCAGGUGGAAGUCAAGGACGACGAAGACGAGAAGGGUGAAGCGGCCUACAUGAGAUGUUUCCAUGAGUCCAGCAAGAUCGGCAGAGUGCCAAAUGCCUCAUACUUUGUCAACUCUCCCACUGCUCGCGCCUAUGUGGAGAAGCGUGACAAGGAAUUGUUUCCCGUCAGGGAAGCAUCUGGCCGGCCUAUCCCGAAUCCGGACAUGCCCUCUUGGCUCAACAAGAAAGAACCAUUCAAGAAUCAUGUUCCACCAGUUUCGGAAAGUGCUAUCACCUCGAGCAAUGCGCAGCCUCUUUCGCCAUCCAAAACCAUGACAAUACCAUCCUCUGAGGAUGUUCCGCAACCUUCACAGCAGAUCGCGCCUUCUGUGCCAAAUCCGAUUGAUCAACCACACAUUCCAUGGUCCAUUGAGCCCCGGACAGGAGCAAGCGGGCCACCAAGGAUGAUUCGAUGA